AUGUUACCGUUGUUGGUAAGUUUUUGUUUGUUUUUGUUGAUUUUUAGGUAUAGACGGACUUGUUUUGGAUUUUGAAUGGUUGGACUGAAGUUUUAGUUUGUUUUAGAGACGUAAAAUUGUUCAAACUGGAUAUAGGGACGGUUAAAAGGUUUCUAAUAAUGCCUGUUAAUAAACUUUUGUGAGCAAGCGGUAAAAUCUUUGAAAUUUUGUGUAAACAUAAAAACUUAAAUUUACUAGCUAACUUUUUAAAUUUUUUUUGAAAUUUAAGUUAAAGCGGUAUUUUAGAAUCAAAAAAUAGCUUCGUACAACCAAGCUUGUGCUAUGACUAAAUGGUCAUGCGAGAAGACGUGUCGAAUUCAAUAUGCAACAUCAACUGGUCAAUGUGUAAAGUCUCGUGAUGAUAAGUGCUUUGAUUUGCCGGUCAAGUACAACUUUACCAAGGAUCAUACGUCUCCAUUUCCUUAUGAAUUGGCCGUUCUUCGAGCGUUUCCAAAAUGUUGGGAGAAUUUGAAUCCAUUGGUUUGUGGAACACAUUUUCGUCCAUGUGGAUCUCAUCGAUACACUGAAGGAACUGAGGUUGGUUUGAGGGUUUUUUGUUGUUUUUUUUUAGGCAGGAAAGAUGUUGCAACUUGUUGUUAUAUCUACAUUAAUAUUGCUAAUUUAAAAAAUUGAGUUAAUAGUAGACAGUAUAGUUAAGUUCUAUUAUUCUUCACGUUUUAAAAUUAAUAAAAUAGGUUUAAGCUUGUUAGAAAAUAUUUUUUUACAGAAUUUCUGGAUGGAAGUCUGGCAAAAGUACCCUUUGAACAUGUGUAUCAAAGCUACAGAAGCAUGCUCAUUUUUGAAAGAUUAUGGUCUGAAACUGGACGUGUUUGAAUGUGAAAGUGCGGAAAGUGAAGUGAGGAAUAGUCGAAAGUUGUUUGAUACCAAUGGCGAAUGUAAACUGAGGUACAACAGAAUCAGUGAUUCAGAUCAGAUGUGUUUGAGUCCGCUGAUCAGAGUAAAAGGUGGAGUAACAAGUCCUGAUGCCAAGCCUUUGGUUGAUCAGUGCUAUGUUCCUUGUUUGUAAGUUGUUUUUGAGUUUUUAACUUAUUAUUCCAAUGAUUAUUAUUAUGUUGGUCAAAUAAGUCUGGGCUCUAUCUUAAAGAAAAUUUUUGAGGUUUGGGGCACUGAAUUAUUUGAACAAUAAUAUAUUAAUAAUAUUUUUAGGUAAUCUUUAUAUUUUUAAAUGAUGUAAAUAUGAGUUUUUUAAUUUUUUAUGUUGUUUAACUUGAUGUUUUAGAUCAAGUUUUGUGGAAGACGAGAGUCGUCUAUCUAACUUCCGGUCGAUAUUGUUAUCCAGUACUGUUGUAGCAGCUGUCAUAUUCUUUGGGGCUUUGGUAAGUUACUCUAUCUACUCAUUGAAGCACGAAUUUUUGUUUUAUGCUUAUUAAAUUGUUUUUGUAAACUUUUUUUUUGAAAUUUAAAAAUUUUUAAAACAAAAAAGUGAAUUUCAAAUUUUAAUUUUUUUUGUUUUGAUUACUUACUGUUCGAGGUGAAUAUUAUACUAGGGCGUUCUAACUUAUUUCCGUUUUAGUGUUACAUCCUAAAAAGAUCGACGAAAGGAUUUGUGCCAUUUCUCAACUUGAACAUCUUUGUCUUUGCUUUUCUGCUGUACGUAAUGCAGAGCUACACAUUGGUUACGCAUAACAAUAUUGAAUCUUCAUCGACUUGUGUAAAGUUAGGGGAUUUGUAUGUUCGAAGGGAGCUACCAACGUAAGUCUUGUCUUUUACUAGUUUUAAGAAUAGUUCGGGGGGUGCUGGCAACUGCGGGCUUGACGGUUGAAUCUAAAGCAAAGUCUGACUUGGACCUUUUGUAGACUUAGUAAAGGAAGAUUUUUUAAAUAUAUCAUUUUUUUGAAAGAAAAGUAAUUAGGAAAAUGAAAAUUUUGGUAGUGUAACAUAAGUAAUAAUUCUGGAUUUUUAGCAAAGACCUGGAUAUCUGUUUGGUCCAUUCGUCCUUAAUAUCGUUCUUCUUCACUAUUGUACAAUGUUUCUUUGGAGUUCGACUGGCAUCACUGAUUUUUCCGAUCCGACCGGUCAAUCCGAAAAUGGAAGUUUGUACAGAUGGCAUCAGUUUAAAGUCAUUCAUCUUCAUCUUGAUUUUUGGCUUCAGUGCUCUUUUUGCUGUUGUUGGCUUGUUGGUUCGACCGGUAAGUAAAAGAGGGUAUUAUACUUAUUUUCUCUAGUCUUUACAAGUUAUAUUGACUAUAACGUUUUGUAGAUAAAACUUUUACUACUUUCAGCAAAGACCAGAUGGCAUAACAGGAAUGUGUCACACUCCAUUAAGCUCAAUAUCCGAAUCACUUGUAUAUUAUUUGCCAAUUAUCAUCACAAACACAAUCCUAUGUGGUUUACUGAUCUACUACAAUAUCAAGAAAAUAACAAAGGUCAACUCUUUUAAAAUGGGAAUGUAUUUGAUCAUGAUCAGUGUUGUUUGCUUUGGUAUCAGUUUGAUUUUACACUUUUUCUACGAUUAUGAUUCGACCACCGAAGUUGCUACGCUUCAGGAGAAGAUAAAGUAAGGGAAGUUAAUAUAAUAAGUAAUACAGUAGUAAGUUUAGUUACUGUAUGUUCUAAAAUGUAUUUAGUAGGUUAGGGUUAAGGUUGUUAUUGGCCGUAGUAUUGCAUUAGGUUGUUCAAGUAAUUCUGUGCCUUUUAAUUACUAAAAUUUCUUUUGAUGUUGCACAGAAUUCUUUGAACAACCUAAUAGUAUGAUAAUGUAGAAGAAGGUUGUGUAUUUUUGUAAUAUUAUAUUGUUUUAGAUGUGUGUUGGAGUAUACCAAGUACAAUGCUGGACAGAAUUUUGAUUGGGAGGAUGCGUAAGUUUAAAAUUUUAAUUUUAUUGGCGUUUUUAAGGGAUGGAAAAUUAAAAAAUGGUAAAGGGAUUUUCUUUUCAUAUAAAAUGAGGUUUUUGAUGUUAUCAAAAUCAUGUUUUUUGCUAUUAUAUUUGCCAUUAUUCAUUACAAAUCAGUGUUAAAUCAAUUUAAAAUUAAUAUUUGAAUUUUUAGUGUCAGAAAGUGCAAAAUGAAGCAAGCUGGACCUGGAAGUCUUGUGAUGAUAUACUUUUAUGUCGUUUUGGCUCCAGUUUUACCAUUGCUCGUCUACCUGGUUUCAAACUUUUUAGUCUUGAAAAAGUUUGACAAGGAAUUUGUUGUGUAAGUUUAAUUGUAAAGUCUUGUGGUUUGAAAAUGUUCUUUUUAAAUUUAUUUGGUUGGUAUGAGUUCGAAAAAGGUUUUCUGUGUAAUGUUAAGCCUAAAACAACUUAUUUUUGACUUUUUUUAAAAAUAUUUUUAUUAAACGAUUUAAAAAAGUGGUUGAAGAUGAAAUCUAAACUCAUAAACUAUAAACGUCUCUUUUUCAGACAGCCAAAGGCAGUUUCUGAAGAAGACUCCUCGCUUUUACCUCCACUACUAUCAGCAGCAAGACCGCCUUAUUCCGCCACUGAUCGCUACUCAAGAGGCACCAAACGUCCACAUCGAAUGAUCUACAAACCAGAAACCGGAUCUCUUCGUUCCAAAUUCUGCAACAGUGCUCCAUCGAAAAGUUUGAACUCUGUCCAAUCAGCCCAACUUAGUCAUUGGGCGUCAGCUAUGGGCUCUAAAAUGCCAUCACACCCACGCCCAGUCUACUUCACAACUCCAGCUUCAACUUUCUCUGCUUUACACAUUGAAAGUCAUGGUAUGUUGCCGGAAAGCCGAGCCGGAGACUUUCCUGAAAACUCAGAUAUCACUGACAUUGGCCGAACCGUGGCAUACUUUCGCCUUCUACAAGAACGUUCUCAAUGGUUGGCAUGGGAGGAGCAAAGAAAGAUCAUAUCGAACUUGAAGGACAAAGAUCGAAUUGCCUACGAGAAGUAUUGCGAAGACAAUCCAGAAGCCAGUCGGCGUACAGAAUUUCAUCAAUAUCAAAAAGUAAAAGCUUCGGAAGAUGACAAAGAUCUGCGAAGAGCCGAGGAAGGAAGAAUGGGUACCAGAAUGAGCGUGUACAGGUUUGAUCCUCAAGUCAACUCGAAGGAAAGCCCCAUCUUGGCGGUAUUGACCGACUUCUUAAGGGCUUCGAAGAUUCACAGAAAAAUGGAGUUUACACAAAGGGUGCUACAGGAACUACAGACGCUGAUGGAGCGGGAUAAGGUGUUUGUUGGGGUAAGUUUUUUUUAUUUUGAGGUAGUUGAUAUACUUUUUUUUAGAUUUUGACGUAGUUGUUAUAUGUCUUUUGAGAUUUAAAAAUGAUUUUACUUGCACCAAAAGCUUGGCCGAAGCUUCAUUUUUUAAAUCUAAAAAACCAAGAUAAUAAGUAAUAUUUUUUUCAGAUUCUCCACCAAUACGCUAACGACAACGCCUUGAAUCCGGGCUCCAACAACCUAGUUGGCUGGCACAUUCUCUCAAUCAACCAGAUUCUCAACUUAACAACCUUAAUCACCGACGAAAAUCUUCUCCUUCAUCUAGCCAAACUCACAGGUCAAGCAAUGCGCACAGUCGCCUACAGCAUGGUCGGCCCAGACUACUUUCAAGCGGAACGAACCGAAGUACCGAUCAUGUUCAGCAACAGCUCUCCAGUCACAAUUACCGCAGUGAACUUGAUGGAAGAACCGAACGAUACUAUGAAACGAUGGCAUGAAUUAACAAACGACUAUGGCAACAUGAGUACGAUUAAAAAAGCCGAGCUUUCAAAUAAUACUGAAGCGACUGUGGAUUCUUUUGUGAAGAGAGAUGGCUUAUCAGGUUCGAGUGUGGCACCGAGUUUUCUGGAAGGACAUAGUCAUGGUGAAGAUUCUAGGCUGAAGGUCAUUUUUGAGAACUUUGAGCUUAAGAAUACUGUGGCUAUUGAGCAAGAAGUCAAUGUUAGAAGUGUUGCGGAUUCAGAUGCAAAGGAUAGUAGUCAUGAAGGCUCAAAGGACGGUGUUUCUAAGAAGUCUAGUACAAGAAACAGUGUUCUUUCUCAGCCUGAAUGUGGAAAGAAUGUAGCAUCUGGAGGAAAGAAGGAAAGAAAUAAAGGUGUUUCAAAGCCGAAAAGUCAAAAUAAUGCUAGAGGUGGUUCUGAAGGCAAGAACGCUGACUUUGCUGCAGAAAAGGAUGCCAAAAGAGAUGUUUCUGCUACUGAAUCUGAAGUUAAGAAUGAUCAUGCCACUAAUCUUGAAGUGGAAUCUACUACUGCAUCUAGUUCUGAUUCUAAAACGACUUAUGCUUCUGCCUCAGAAGCCAAAACUCUUUACUUUGAUGCGGAUUCUACCGUUCACAGUGGUAACAUUGAUCAAUCUAGCAAAUCAAAAACAUCUAGUUUUGGUGAAACUGCCUUGCUAGCCACAUUGGACGUGAAAGAUGAAGAAAUUAACUUCAGCAUCAUUGCUUCAGCACGAUCGGACCUGGAAAGUACGAGAAGAUCCAGAGCAAAUCUAACCAAUGUUGGAGCCUCUGAUCUCGAAGUUACUAUUCAGAGAGAAAACAUUGAUGCUACAUUUGGUGCUCGUAACGUGGAAGAAAGUGGAUACGAAGGUAACGAUGAAAAAAUUGAUGAUUCUGGUAUUGGAAAAAGAGAAAAGCGUGGUGAAGAUGGUAGACAAGAUGAAGAUGAUGAAGGAAAAGGGAAAGAAUAUAAGGCAGAUGAGAGUUGUGAUGAAGGUAGCAAACAGGAUGAAAAUGGUGAUGAAAAAAGAGAUAAAGAUUAUGAAGAUAAUGCUCAAAAAGAAGAUAAAGAUGAUGAAAAAGGAGAUAAAGAUGAUGAAGAUGGUAAUGAAAAAGGAGGUAAAGAUGAUGAAGAUGGUGGUGAGAAAGGAGGUAAAGAUGAUGAAGAUGGCAGUAGAAAAGAAGAAAAUCAAGAUCAAAAUGGCGAACGUGAACAAAGUGGCAGUGAUGAAUCUAAAAGCGACGAAAAUCAUGAGGAAGGUGAUCCAAAUCCACCCCAAAAUCCAAGUUUGGAUAAUGCAAACCAAAUCGAAAACUCAAAUUCUGAUAAUGCAAAUCCAGUCGAAGAUGCAAAUCCAGAUAAUCUCGAAGAACCCCUUAAUCUCAACAACCAAAACCAUGGUGUUGCUGUCAAUCCUAAUGGCGUGCAAAUCAAUCCAGAAGAACGUUUUAUGGAAUUUCGGCCUGAUAUUGUGGCAGGCAUAGGAAUAAGAGCUGUGAUAGCGUGGAUGCUUGACGCAAACGAUGCAAUGACACCUGAUGAAGGAAUAGGUGACUCGCUUACUACUGGUGAUGAUUAUGACAAUCAUCUCCAAGGCGUGAACAACGAAGGAGUUGCAGGUUUAAAUUACAAUAUGAAUGAACGUCUGAACAGGAUCAGAAUGGCUGAGGAUAACAUUUAUGAUCAAAUGCUAUAUGAAGAAGGUAUAGGUAAUGGCCAACAAGCUGCUGGUUUUAAUGCUGAUGACUUUGACGAAUAUGGUAAUGAUAUUGAUGAAGGAGAUGAAGAGGUGAAUGGUAAUGAAGUUGAAGAAGAAGGUGAAGACAUGAAUGAUAACGAUGUUAAUGAAGUAGCUGAAGUUUUGAAUGAUAAUGAAGUUGUCGAAGAAGCUGAUGCUUUAAAUGAUAAGGAAGUUGACGAAGGAGAUGACGACUUGAAUGAUAAUGACCAUGAAAAAGUACCUGAAGACUUUAAUGGUAAUGACGUCGACGAAAAAGUUGGAACUUCAGAGGUAAUCGAUGACAAAGCCCAGGACUCAGAUGCUUUGAUAAUCGACGAAGGAGCUCAGGACUCAAAUGGUUUAAAAAUUGAAAAAGAAUCUCAAGAUUCAGAUACCACAAAAGAUGAUGCUGGAGAUGUUGGUCAAGUGGAAGAUUCUGAAGUGUUGGAGGAGGAAGAAGGUGAUUCAGUUGGGUUGGAGAAUGAAGAAGGUCAUUUGGAAAAAGAGAAAGGUGAUCCACAUGAGCUGGAGCAUGAAGAAGAUGAGUCCGUUGAGUUAGAGGAUGAAGAAGAAGGUUCACUUGAGUUGGAGCAUGUGGAAGAAGAUUCAGCAAUUAAAGCGAUUGACGAAAAUUCUACAGAACAAGAUUCUUUCCAAAUUGAGGGUAAGGAGAAUUCAUAUCCAUCAACAAUCAAAGCUGAAAAUGGUAAGCAAGAAGAAGCCGGGAAGGCAGAUGAAUCGGAACUCGACGAAGAACCUGAUGCUUUAGAAGAAUUCCAAUUCGACGUACCGAACAAUACAAAAGAAACGGACGAAACGUUUACAGAAGGUCUUUUGGAUCAAGCAGUGUUGAAGUUGUUGAAAUUGAACAAUGAGAAUACUGAAUGA